AUGAGAUGGAGUGAAGCAGUAACCGUGGAAUUUGUCAAAAUGUAUUUAAAACACGAAUGCCUAUGGAAUCCCAACCACCCAGGUUACAAAAUUAAAUACCAAAGAGAAAAAGCUUACUUCGAUAUUUGUUCGGAAUUUAAGACGUCCACAAUGAAAACACUCACAGUUCCUGAGACUCAAGAAACUCCUGAUGUUGAUUCAUCAUGCCAAAUAUGGGUAGAUCAAGGCACACAACAAGAUAACGAAGAAAUGAAUCCUGAUCCCCUUUCAAACUCUGAAGAUGAUGAUUUUGAAUCUUCAAAGACAGAGGAAUCAACUCCAAUCAAAAAGGAAAGAUUGUCACAACCAAGCAAGAAAAUAAAGAAAAAGAAGUACAAACAUAGAAACCUAAAUCAAACUCAAGAUUAUUCUAAAAAUUUAAGUUUUGAGUCAACAAAAGAGGAUGAAUUUGAUAUAUACGGCAAGUACAUUGCUUCACAGCUAAGAAAAAUGGACUUACACAAAGCAUUGAGGCUUCAACUUGAAAUACAGAGUUUAGUUAGUGAAGCUAGAUUAUCGGAAAUAACUAGUAUAUUACUUAAUGAACAUGAAUUAAAGACCAAAAUUAAGAACUUAAGAUCGACUUAUGUUCAAGAAUUGAGUAAAAUAAAGCAGCGAUCUAUCGGCGAAUAUGAGUACAAACCUACUAUAAAAUGGUUUGAGUACUGGGAUUCAUGUUUUAGAAAGAGUCAGGACCACCGAUGUAGUGACGCUGGUUACGAGGAAUCAGAGUUAGAGCAAGAACAAAAACAAAACUUGUGGCUUCCUGAAGAUUCAGAGAUUCUAUGUGGUGUACCAGAUCCAUUUGAAGCUCAGACUAAUGAUAACUUGGAGAUUAUUCUAAAAUCAGAACCCGGAGUCCAGCCUAAAAUAAAUAGAACACUGAAAUACAAAAUGAAAAGAAAAAAGCUGAGGCAUCGAAUUUCUAGCAAGGAGGUCUAUGAUCAAACACUCAAGAAUAGCUUUGAAAGCCUGGAUACUUGUAAAGAAGAUGAAUUUGAUAUAUACGGCAAAUAUAUUGCAUCACAGUUGAGAACAAUGGAUUUAAAACGAGCUUUAAGAUUACAGUUUGAAAUACAGUCCCUAGUGAGUGGAGCUCGCCUCUCAGAUCUAUCAAGUUGA